AUGCUGCUGCGCGUGUGGAUGAGCCUGUGUGCGUGGAGCGUGCUCCUCGUGGGCUCCGCCAGCGUGCGUGCCAGGAGCCCGCACGACGACAGCCAGUUCCGGCCGUCGGUGGAGAGCAUAUCCGGGGCAAGGUGCGCGUCCAGGUGCCUGAGUUUGCACGGCGCACGAGUCGCGACGCUGCCGAAGCGCACUCAGGUGGAGAAUAAUGGAUCCUUGGGAUGGUGUCACAGUCACAAACAGUGUGCAAAGUGCCUGGAACCCUGCAAGGAGACCUGGGACAUCAAGAGGAGGAGCCACUGCAGAGACCUGUGUGAGCGAUCGUUUCCCAAGAAGCAGUGGGAGUGCGUCACCAGCUGUGAGUUCCGUCAGUCGGUGCUGGCGGUGAAGCAGGGCGACUGCCCGCCUCCCGAGAGAGCCAGCGGCUUCGCGGCGGCCUGCGUGGAGAGCUGCGAGGAAGACGGCGAAUGCUCGGCUCAGAAAAAAUGCUGCUCCAACGGAUGUGGCCACACAUGCCAGAGUCCCAAGAACCUUCACAAGGGUGCCCCUCUGAAGCCAAGGAAGGAGCUGGGUUUCGAGGAGCUUGCCUCAGGUCAGCUGGAGGUGCGCUGGUCCACCCGGUUCAAUAUAUCGGCCGAACCCGUGGUCUACAUCCUCCAGAGGAGGUGGAACUUCGGCAUCCAGCCCAGCGAGGACACCGCCACCCCGUGGCAGGUGGUGGCCCGGACCACAGGGCAAGAGGCGAGGAUGGCAGACACGCGGCCGGGUCGCUGGUACCAGUUUAGAGUAGCAGCGGUUAACAUCCACGGGACAAGAGGCUUCACCACACCAAGUCGCCACAUCCAGUCUAGCAGAGAACCCUCCAGCCCACCCGCCCCCACCGAUCUGCGGGUAGCCAACAUGACCUUUGGGCCCAGUAGGGCGGUGUCCGCCAGGCUCCACUGGAGCAUACCUGAUGACCUGGAUGUUCCCGUCCAUCACUACAAGGUGUCCUGGAGCUGGAAGGCUGCCGGAGAGCCCUCGGCAUCACCAGUGACCAGGAAGAGAAAGACAGUAAGAGCGAGCCACGCGGAGCUGGACAGUAUGCGGCCCAACAGAAGCUACAGCGUGGAGGUCCAGGCCGUGUCUUACUGGGGACAGACUCAACUCAAGGGACCCAAAGCCGUGCUUCACUUCACCACUCAGCGCGCCACCAGCGCCACUCCGCUGAGCCCUCCGCCCGACAUGCUGGAUGUGGGCACGCCGUUUUAUCAGGACGGCCUGCUGCAAGUCCGCGUCUACUGGCAGGCGAGUACAGACCCCUCGGUGGUGCGAUAUCGCGUCCAGUGGGGGCCGGAGUACUGCGGACACAACCUGACGAGGCCCACCGAGAAGCUCAUCACACAGGAGAGCUUUGCCAGCCUGCAGGGCCUGCUCUUCUCCUGUAAGUACAAGGUCCUCCUGCAGCCCAUCAGCACCCGGGGCCACCCCCCGGCAGAAAGCGCCAGCUUCUCGACUCCCUCCUGUGCCACCAUCCAGGCCAAAAGUCCGAAACCCAUCGCUUGUUCCACAGGAGAGGGGGUGGCUCCUCAGAAGGUCCCGAUCAAGGCAGAGAACCUUACAGCAUCUUUCGAGGCCCAUGAAAACAACCUGACGGCUGUCUUCACCUGGGACCUUUCCACGCCUCAUCCCUUGCACCAGCUGACGGGCUACCAGGUGACCUGGGCAGAUGUCACCUCUACCGGCCGUCACAACAACAUCAACCAGGGCCAUAGCCUCAUCUCCCAGUCCCAGAUCCUACCCCCAGAGCAUAACACCCUGGUGGUCUCCGGCUUGCAUCUGGCCAGUGUCUAUAGGCUGGAGGUGCAGGUGAUCACGGCGGAUGGAGAGGGUCCUGUCACCAGUCGCACCUUCCACACCCCGAGAUCCCACGCUACCGUCAAACACACUUCCCUCGUCUCCUGCAGUUCCGCCUCCGGGAUCUUAAGAGGCCCCACUUUCUAUGGCUCUAGAGGUCUAACCCCCAGCUUCCUGUUUGCUCAGUUCCUGUCCACUCGGUCCCAGGGCCUCUGA